UUGCUCUCCCUUUCUAUAAGGUUUUAACCCCUCUGUUCCGUCAAUUCUCUCUCCUCCACAGAGACGUAUUCAAGCUUCUCUCCCUGCAUCCAUGGCGUCUCUCUUCACAAAGCUCAAUUUCACACCCAUCUUGCACUCCCCCACUCCCACCCCAACUCGCUUCCUUCUCCAUUCCUCAAUUCACCCCAAAACCCCAACCCCAUUCGCCUCCAUCCUCUGCUCCUCCGUCACUCGCCCAAACUACAUCCCCAACCGCAUCCCCGACCCCCGCUACGUCCGCAUCUUCGACACCACCCUCCGCGACGGCCAACAGUCCCCCGGCGCCAACAUGACCAGCAAAGAGAAGCUCGACAUCGCCCGCCAGCUCUCCAAGCUCGGUGUCGACAUCAUCGAGGCCGGCUUUCCUGCCUCCUCCAAAGACGACCUCCAGGCCGUCAAAGUCAUUGCUCAGGAGGUUGGUAAUGCGGUGGAUGAGAAUGGGUAUGUGCCUGUGAUUUGUGGGCUCGUGAGGUGUAAUAAGAGGGAUAUCGAUGCGGCUUGGGAGGCUGUGAAGUACGCCAAGAGGCCGAGGAUUCAUACUUUUAUCGCUACGAGCGAAAUUCACAUGGAGUUUAAGCCGAAGAAGACGAGGGAAGAGGUGGUCGAGACGGCGCGGAGUAUGGUGAGCCAUGCGAGGAGUUUGGGUUGUGAUGAUGUUGAGUUCAGUCCAGAAGAUGCUGGAAGGCGUCAGAUCAUGAGAUUCAGGAUUCUCCAUGUACGAAAAAGAUGUGAGAAAGUGGGCCGUCUUCCCUGUCUUCUCAUCUGGAGGAGUCAACAACUGAGAGAACUUGUCCUAGUACAAGUAUGGUGUUUGAUUUUGACAGAAAUUCAUUUCCUUGUCUUGUGAAGGUAUAUGACUCUCUAGAAGCUGACUUGAAGUUGAAUGAUGUUUUUGAGUUUGUGGGUGUCCUCACUUUUGAUCUGGAGCCUAGUGUAGACAAAGAUGAUUCUGAUGAGUUCACAAGUACUUUAUGUAAAGAUGAAUUAUCUCAUUCGCCUCCUAGCAAGGUUUUGAAUAUAUCUUUUGUUUGCAAAUAUUUUGUCCAGGGUACAAGGCUUGUCCUCAUAGUCACAGUUCUUUAAUUUUAUAUAACGUGUUCUAUGAAGCCCAUACAUCAGAUAUUAUACCUUUUCAUAGUUCCAUCA